AUGGAAGGGUUUUUUCAGACACAGAGCCGAGGGGUCAGAGGUCGAGAGGAGCCUCUGAAGGUGGCAGCUCCCGGUUUUAAGAGGGGCGACGGGGUCAGCUCCUUCACAGGAGAUGUUUGGUCUCGGCUCGGGUUUCCUGUUGCCUUUGCCCCCUCGCGUCAGCUGUCCGAGUCGCUACAAACAAACAAAUGGUUCAGUCUGCCGGAGACGGAGAGCCACAGAGACGUGUGGAGCAUCAAGCCUCCAGAUUUCUCUCUUAAACUCUACAGAUCUUUUUGCAAGAGGGAAGAGUCUCCAAAGUUCAUCUCAUCGUACAGGCCUCCUGAUGCCCUGGAAUCUGAGCUGAUGUUUGUCAAGUCUGGGAAGUACGUCUCUGGGCCUUACAAGAACCCCAAACCACAUGACUUCAGACCCCUCAAUGAGGACCUUCCAGACAUAGAUACUACAUAUGAGAGAGACCCUGGAAACCUGAAUUUAAAGUUAAAACACUUGGACAUUAUUCGGACCCCCAGAUCUGAUCUAAACUCAUGUUCACGGGACACCAAGACAAUGAUGGACACGUACAAACCUGCAGAGCCCAGAUGGGAGGAGAAGCUCAUUCUCCCUCAGCUGAUCUGGCCUCCAAAGUCAGCCUCAUAUACGAGACAUCGACGAAGAAGAGAAGCAUACAGCGCAUUCUUGGACCGAGUGGAGGAGAAACUCUCAAGAUCGUGGAAAAACAGAUCAUGA